AUGAGACGAGACCAACAAUCCUUGCUCAUGUUGAGCCACCGUCGACCACGGCCCAAAGUCAACAUGAAGAUUGCAACUUUUGAGGAACCGGGGAAACGCAUCCGGUGGACUGGUUUACAAACCGUGUUGAAACCAACCCUUCUUACCUUCAAAAUUCCGGGUUUCGUAAUCGUGAUGAAGGUGACGAUGAUGAUGAGCAUAGAGAUCCUCGAGGAUUUGGAGGCGGAAUACUGGAUUGGUCAAGCCGAAGCUGCUCAGGAAGCACGCGGCUUAUCAUGGCUAGCGCAGCAGAACUUGAUAUCACCGUUUGCCUCUCGCGGUAGAGGAAUUCUCGAGAUCCAUCACGAUCAGAAGCCAACAUUAUCUACGGAGGCUUUGGCGGCAUGUGCACUGGAUGCAUCCGUCGUGGCCGCUGGAGCCUGA